UUAAGAUAAUUUUGCAGACUCCGUUGUUCUUCAAUAUACUAAUACACAGGAAAACAGCAUCAGAUUAUUAUUUUCUCCAUAUCGAACGUAAAAUUUUAUCAUUUUGGUUUUUUAUAUUCGAUUACUUUUUACUUAUUGUGACAUCUCAAGGACGGCAGUAUUAUCAUUCUCUUGCAGUACCAAACAACUAAAAAAGAACAAAUUGAUUUAAGACAACAGUAAAACGAUAUGAGUCUGGACCAACAUCAUGAGAACCUGGUAAACAAUAACAAAAGCCACAAGCCAUGUCAUUUGAAACAACCGGAAGUUAACAAUGCCUACGUGGACAAUUCCAACGAAGUUUAUUUCGGACACAGGAACAUAUUUCAGGGUCCGGUGACGAUAGAAACAGUCAUAUUUAAAGAUGUAAAGGAAAAUUUAGAUAAAGGAAAUAAAACGGACGGUGGUAUCGCCAAAAAUCCAGAUGAAAGCACUAGGAACGGAAAAGAAGAAUAUAGCAAAUAUAAUCCAAAUACACCUUGUAUAGUAAAUGGUUUCCUCUGGAUAAAGGAAAAUGCCAAAAACCACAUGAAAAUUACCACAAUUAUAAUUAUCGUAGUCAUAUGUAUUCUUGCUAUUGCAAUAAUUGUACCAGCAGUGCUCCUGUCAAGGAAAAAAUCAUCCUUCAUACUGUCUCGUUCAGACUGGGGUGCACUAGACCCAUCAGGUGUAACCACACCUUUGCCAACUCCAGUUAACUAUGUCAUAAUACAUCACACAGCUACGGAAAAUUGUACAAAUCAGGAUCAGUGCAUAAAAAACUUACAGUAUAUACAAAAAUUUCACAUGGAGAGUCGAGACUUUUACGACAUUGGAUAUAACUUCUUGGUAGGUGGAGAUGGACAGGCUUACGAAGGAAGAGGUUGGACAGUAGAGGGAGCCCACUUAUUUGGAUAUAAUUCGAAAAGCAUCGGCAUAGCCUUCGUAGGCACGUUCAACGACAUAAUGCCGCCAAAACGUCAAAUCGAAGUCUGCCAGAAAGUGAUUAAGCAGGGCCUGGACUGGAGUUAUAUCGACAAAGACUACAAACUGCUCGCAGCCAGACAACUGGCAGGGACAGAGAGUCCAGGUGCCGUACUGUACGCUGACGUUAAAACAUGGCCCCAUUGGGUCAAAGAACCAUAAAAAGUCUAAGACUGAAUUGUUUACAAAAUGUGAUUUUAUUCGAUUUUAUGUGAGCUUGGUCUUUUAUAAAAAAAAACAUUAAAGCUUCAUUCGGAAUCUCGAAAUUAGUGGAAUAAAUUAGUAGUUUCAAUUAGCGUAGAAGUUUGUUCACUUAAUUUUAA